CCGCUCAGUCGUUCACGCCAGCCACAACAACAGCCUGAGCCUCUACGCACGCUGCGUCCCAUCCAAAUGCUCUUCGCAUAGCUGAGUCUUCGAACGAAUUCCACUUCAAGAAUAUAUUCUUUACCUCUACACUGCUUGCACACGUAAAGGGGGGAUUGGGCACGUAAGACGCGCUGCUAUAGUCAGCGGCAAUGCGCGUUCUAUCGUGGAACAUAAAUGGAAUACGGACGUUGCCAAAGUAUCAUCCAUGGAAUACGUUCAAGUCCUGCGAGGAGAUUCUCGACGCGUUAAACGCGGAUAUAAUCUGCUUUCAGGAAAUGAAGUCGGCACGCGCAACGUUGCAGCGAGACGCAGCCCUGCCCGGACACUACCUCUCCCUUUUCUCCUUCCCACUAAACAAAGGAGGGUACAGCGGUGUUGCUGUGUACGCAAAUUCGCAGAAAGUGACGCCUCUUCGAGCGGAGGAAGGCCUCUCGGGGCUGCUUCAGCCCAACCCACCCUUGUCCGCGGAAGAACGCGUGUCGCCUGCGUAUCCGCGGCCCCACCACAUUGACCUCUACUCAGACGAGCAGACCGAUGCGCCAUCUAGCUUCGACGAGCUUGACGGCGAAGGUCGUGCUCUCAUGCUGGACUUUGGCCUGUUCGUUCUCAUCAACGUCUAUUGCCCUGCCGAGACAACCGAGACACGCCUGCCAUACAAGAUGAACUUUCACCUAAUGCUCCAGGAACGCGUGCGGAAACUCACAGAGGAGGAAGGCAGAGAGGUUAUGGUGCUGGGAGAUAUCAACGUUUCUGCGACACCUCUUGAUCACGCAGAGGGAAACCUUCCGAGCAACGCCGCGAGUUGGCACGACCAUCCUGCCCGAGAAUGGAUGCGGAAAUGGUUAGAACCAAAUGGUCCGAUGGUCGAUGCUAUACGGUUGUUCUGGCCAGACAGAAAGAACAUGUUCACGUGUUGGAACACGAGACUUCAGGCUCGAGAAACAAAUUACGGCGCCCGCAUAGACUACGUUCUCGUCACGCGCGGCCUGCUUCCAUGGAUUAAGCACGGAGAUAUCCAGGCUUCGCUCAAAGGCUCCGACCAUUGUCCCAUCUACGUGGAUUUGCAUGACGAGCUCGUGCUCGACUCAGGGGACAGAGUAAAGCUCUCGGAUGCGAUGAAGCAGAAGGAAGGUAUGCACCCUCCUAGGCUAGCCGCUAAACACUGGGAAGAGCUGGCCGGGAAGCAAACUAUGCUCUCUAGUUUCUUUGGCAAGCGCGGCGCACAGCAGUCGCCUCCUGCGGAGACAUCACCUCCCUCCGACGCCCCUGCAGCUCCUAUUCCUCCUUUGUCGCCGUCGCAGUCUUCGUCGACAACAUCGACAGGCACCUAUCCUUCUAAAGUCUCGAGUUCCCCUGCACCUUCGCAAAGUCAGUCCAAGAUCACGCCCAAAGCGAUUACCACGCGUCAGGCGCCCAGUGCCACGGCAGCGAAGAGGAAGGCGCCAGAAAAAAGCUCUGGAAGCUCAAAGAAAAGGAAAAUGCAGAACCCAUCUCAGCCCAACAUCUCUACGUUCUUCGGCAAGCCAUCCGCCUCGCCAUCGUCUUCAAAAGAAGUCAUCGUCGUAGAUGACGACGACUCCGAUCCCACUGCCUCGCUCGUGCACAACGCUGAAGUGACCGAGGACGACCAGAUUGACUCAGACUACCGGCUGGCCCGCGAGCUAUCGUUGUCCGAAGGAUCCGCGGUGGAGAACGAGCCAAGCGCGACGCCAUCCUCAUCGCAGAGCAAAUCAGCGUGGGCGGGGCUCUUCGCCCCAGUUAAGCCACCAACCUGCACCGUCCACAACGAGCCGACGAGGUUAUGGACCGUCAAUAAGCCUGGACCGAACAAAGGGAAGAAGUUCUACCUCUGCUCACGACCGGUUGGCCCUGGAUAUGACAAGGGCAAGGGCGAGCGCCUCCGCGAAGAAGUGAACCAUGAGUAUCGGUGCAAUUACUUCAAGUGGGCGAGCGAGGUCAAGAAAGAGGCUCUUGCUCGACAGCAGCUCAGAGGCAACGGGACUUGACGUCGAUCAUGCAUCACUGCAUCUAUGUACACACUCACAUGUAGUAACAAUACAUAAUACGGAACCGGAACACGGGAUGUGAUAGGGGAGGUGGCACAGGACCAGCGUUUUCAUUGUCCGUGGAGGGCGAGAAAAGAAAACAAGAUGGUGGAUGGUGGAUGCAAGGCAUCAUGCGCUCGGAUUCCGCAUCUGCUUCUUCGCGGUGCCAAUCGUCGUGUUGUUGAC